CUCUACCUACCGGGAACUGGCCCUUUCUUUGACAUUGCCAUGAAGCUGGGAGCCUUUGCUGCCAAGCUGUACAGGCGAGUGAAGCCGUCCAAGUACAGGAAGCGCAAGGACUAUGCCAGUAUCGAGCUGGCCACUAUGGAGUCUCGAAGCAUGGCCGCCACCUUCCUUGCUGCGUUCGGCCAGCCUGUCAGCAACGACAGCCGCACGCACGUCACCUUGGUCCCUGCACACGCGCAGGACAAGCAAGCAGCGUUCUCCACCUUCCGCGCCUCCCACUCAGUGAUGAGCCAACCCAUUGGGAAAGCAGCGAGGGCACUGGUAUCAGCAGUGCGAUUACUGGACACGGUGGUGAACGUGGAGGACUUGGCCAAGUACGACCCCUCGGGCGUGCUCAACAUGGUUGUCUCCUUCGGUCAUCCCAUGUGCCGCGAUGACGCCUGUGUCAAGUGUGUGACCACCCGGGCCACCCCAUGCAUCAUUGCCCCCACGUGCAUCGCCGGAAAGUGCGUGAAUCUCGGGCAGAAAAAAGACGGGUCCGCCUGCGCGGAUUUCGACUGGGGCGGCAACUCCUACACGGGGCACUGCCAGGCUGGCAAGUGCGUCAGCAAGGCCGUCCAAUCGUAUUACGCCAGCAAGCAGGCGGACAAGCUGUGGAUCCCCGAGGGCUAUGAGGCGCCGAAUGUGACUAUAGCGGUGGAUCGGGGAGUGUAUGCGACGAGCGAGCGCGAGUAUAUGGAGACGAGCUUGGUGUAUUGGGAUGAGCUGGCACGGGAGUCGGAGAGUUGCUCGUUGAAUAAUGGCGGGUGCGGGUCGCUGGUGUGUCAAGUUGACGUGGAGAGGACAGUGAUUCGCAUGGUCACGGUUUUGCACCUGCUCCUCCUGCAAUCGACUUCCCCACUGCCUCGAACCUAA